AUGGCCAAUGUUUUUAGGCAUUAUGAAAUGCCAUUGCGUUUUUUCAUCACACUAACCGUGGAAAUGACUCGUCUCAGCGGUGACGACGAAUUUGAAUUCAGCGUGCACUACUUUCAUUCUUUAGUCCACACGGUUUGGGCCGAAGGUAGCAUUCGCGAUGCUCUGCAGACUGCAUGCGCCGAGAUCUCUGCUUGCCUCGAACAGUAUCAAGAACGAGGAUCUGGGCUUGUCGUCGUCGCCAUUCAGACCUGCACCAUCACCGUGGGACGUUUCAUUCCGCCCACGGUCGGUUGUGCGCGUUUUGUGUUACCCGCGGAACUCCCAAGCAGAAAGUGUCUAGUGAAUGUGAACGAGCAACUGAACGAGUCGAAGAAAAACAUGUGCUUUGUGUUUUCUGUGCUCGCCAGUCUCCAUCCCGCACGCUCUAAUCGAUCGAGAGCUUCUUGCUACCGAGACCAUUUUGGCAAGUAUUGGUUCCCCAGCACGUAUCCAGUGACGUUUCCGCAAGACGUGCAGGCUUUCGAGAGAAAAAACUCCGUGUCCGUGAACGUGUACGGUUAUGAUCGAGAACAAAGGUUUGUCUACCCGCUCAAAGUCAACGAUAGCGAGUUGGAGAAGCACGUGGAUUUGCUUCUGAUAGACGAUCACUUUGUUCUGAUCACCAACUUUGGCGGACUUUUCGCGAACAGGCGCACUCACCGUUUUCGCUGUAAAAGGUGUAUGAUGGGCUUUCGCUUUCGCACUGCGCUGGGGAGUCAUUUAUCGCUGUGUAAGGAAAAGAAGGCAGUCCGAACAGUGUGUCCUGCAAAGGGGGACGCGCUGUAUUUCCGGAGCCCACACACGAUGGAACCUUUCCCCUACUUUUGCGUCUACGAUUUCGAGGCCAUUCUGGAAGCGGAAAACAUGGGUCAGGCUUACGAGAAGCGCGUCCUCAGUUCGUUUUGCAUACUCGUAAUCCGAUCCAAGGACUCGCGCAUCGUCGAGCAGUUUUUGUACCGGGGCGAGGACUGCGUGGAAAAGUUCAUUUCCAUCCUUAAUCAAUUGUCAAAGCUCAUUGGCGAAUGGAUUCGAAGUGAAGAAGUGCCAAUGAGAUCACGAUCACUUAGCGGAUCGUACAGGCAGUCGUUGUGUCAGGGAUGCAAUUUAAAUCUGAGAGUAAACAAGAAAGUCAUUCCAGUGCUCGCGCACAACCAUUCGUAUGACCUGGCCUUUAUACUACCCAAACUUGACUUAUUCGAGUCUAAAGAUAUUAAAGUGCUCGCCACUAGCUGCCAGCAAUUUAAGCGACUCGACGUGGGUAACCUGCGGUUUCUCGACAGUCUGGCCUUUCUCCCCGCCAGCUUGGACGCGCUGGUUCAGGACCUCCGUUCCAAGGGACUAGAAAACCUGUGCUGUCUAAAACAGGCUUUUCCGCAGCACGUUGAGCUUCUGGCGCUGAAAGGCGUAUUUCCUUACGACUAUGUGACCAGUUUCGAGGCUUACCGGGAGCCCGAGCUACCGCCCCGCGAGUCGUUUUACAACAAGCUUAACGACAGCCGAAUUUCGGAGGACGACUACCGUCACGCCCAAACCGUCUUUGAAACAUUCAAUUUCAAAAGCCUAGGAGAAUACAGUGACUGCUACCUGAAACUAGACUGCCUACUUCUCGCCGACGUGUUCCAAAAUUUUAGGAAAUGGACUUUAGACACGUACGAGCUCGAUCCGUUACACUACGUUUCCCUGCCCGCGCUUAGUCUUGCCUGCGCACUUAAACAGACUGGGGUAAAACGGGAGCUGCUCGACGACGUGGAUGUGUAUCUGUUCAUCGAAGCGGGCCUGCGAGGAGGAAUCGUUCGAUGUGCCAUUCGUAACACGAGGGCUAACGUGCCAGGAACCGCAUGUUUCGAUCCGAACACGGCGGUUUCUCAAAUUUUAGACCUCGACGUGAACGGCCUGUACGCUCCCACCAUGCGGCAAGCCCUUCCAUGCGCAGAUUUUUGCUGGCUAGACCGCGAGGAAAUCGACGCUCUCCACUUCCAGCAGGUUCCCGACGACGCGCCCGAGGGUUACAUUUUAGAGGUGGACCUCGACUAUCCUCGGGAGCUACACGAUUCGCACGCGGACUUUCCCCUGGCUCCCGAGAAACGAGGAGUCCCGCUCGAAUGGCUCUCACCCUAUCAAAAGGCGCUCGUCGAAAAAUUUCACCUACCCCAGCGAGAGUCUGAGCGAAAGCUGCUUCUCACCUUUUACCCGAAACGGAAUUACAUUAUUCACUACCGAAAUCUCAAGCUGUAUCUGGAGUUGGGCUUACAGCUAAAGGCCAUUCAUCGCGUUUUAAAGUUUUCGCAGAGUGCAUUCCUUAAAGAUUUCGUCGACUUUAACCGCAACCUGCGAAAACAGGCGACGAAUGCUUUUCAAAAGAACCUAUCUAAACUCAUUAUGAAUUCAAUUUAUGGCAAGACAAUCGAAAACCCACGCCAGUACAAUAACGUUGUCAUUAGCGUGAGCGAGGACGAAGUGCUCAAAAACCUGCAGAAGCCUAACCUCAGGCAGUUUGCGGCAAUCAGCCCGACCGUGGUGAUCUUUCAGUUUUCCCAGAGAACGCUACACUUGAACAAACCCGUGUACGCGGGUUUCUCUAUCCUAGAGAUGUCCAAACUGGUCAUGUACGAAUUUUUCUACAAGCAGGUCAGGCGCGUUUUCCCCGACGCUCGCGCAGCGUAGAGCGACACGGACUCGUUCAUUCUCCAAAUCACCGACCCGGAUGUAGACUCGAAGCUCGCGACCCUUGCCGAAACUCACCUGGAUACUUCUGGGUACCCGGGCGAUCACACCUUGUUUUCUCCCGCAAACAAAAUGAAACUAGGAGUGUUUAAAAAUGAAUUCCCAAAAGAUCACAUUCUUGGAUUUGUUUGUCUGAAACCAAAACUCUAUUCGCUCGAGCUAGCCUCUAGAGAGCACUAUGUGAGGGCGAAAGGAGUGAAAAGGUGCGAGUCCCGUAAGCUAACCUACGAGCUCUACGUUCAAACUCUCGAGCAACAAACUCUGCACAAGAUCACGCAGCGGACUAUCGCUCGUAAGUUGUGCAAGAACAAGACUGUUGCCGUGGAGAAGAUAGGACUCAACCCGUUUGACAAGAAGCGCUUCAUCGACACCGACGGCGUUUCAACUCUUCCCUUCGGACAUUGGUGCCUCUAAGUGAAGUGCUUUCUUUUUCUCCAUCAUUUCAGACUGAUGUAUCCGUGUGUACCCAGAGGGUUGUGUAAAGAGCCAUUUUGUUGUGUGAUUUUCAUGUAGCGCGAGGGUUUUCCCCCCCGCCGAGUGUUUGAUGCUUGUAUAAAGAGCUGUCGCGCUCCCUUUGUUUCUCCGUGUCUCGAAAAUUUCUUAGAUAUAUGCCUAUUGAAUAAAAACGAAGAAAAAGAUC